AUUCCUUGACUGUCAUUUGUUGUGUGCAUCUUUUCUACUUCUUUUUAAGAGAAAACCUCCUAUCUCUAAAUAGGAAAGAACUAGCAUCACCUUAGAAGAUCCACACUGGCAAGAUAACCUUAGAAAGAAAUUUGUUUGGUCAUUUUUCCUUUUAGGUCUUUUUUAAUUUGAGGUGUGUGCUUGCUUACAAUUUACACAGAAAGUUAAUAGAAUAAAAAUCUCUCUCUCUCUUUCUUUUUUUUCCUUCAUUCUUCUUUUUAGUCUUACCACUCUCCUUCAAUAGUCAGACUUUCUUGGGGACCAGAAGUAAUAUACAUGAAAAUCCAUCAAUUUGGAGAUCAACGAAAGGCAGGUCUGUCUUUUUCAUGUCACUUUUCACUGCCCUAUAGUACCUGAGUCUGCUUGGGUUCUCCAUAAAUCUCCCCUUGGUGGAACUCUUUCAAUCAUCUUCAGAUACCCCUUUGGAAUCUUGGGAAAGUUGGUGGUGCUUGGUGGUGCUUCUCAAUCAGAGAAAGGUAAGCAACCACCAAUGGAGGAUAUGUAUCUAUCAAGGCAGGGAAGUGGAGUUUGGAGGUCUUUGAGAGAUGGAGAUUUUGAGGAAGAAGAUGUUUGGAAUGUUUUAAGAGAUAGAAAAACUUCAAACACCAUGACUGGUAGAUCCAAAGAAUCCUCAGUUUCUGUUCCGAGACGCCUCCCAACCGCUUCAAGGAUGAUACCAAGAGCUAGCAGCCACAAUUAUGGUAGUGGAAGUAGCUGUAGCAGUAGCAACAACACUCAUGAAGCCAAAAUUGUGCAACAAUCUGCACCUGUUCACAUUCCCAACUGGUCAAAAGCAUAUGGCCAGGAAUCAAAGAAGGGUUUCAAAAAUAGUUCAUGGCAUAAUGAGUGUGACGAUGCUGAUCAUGAUAAUGAAGACGGGGAUCUUGAUGAUGAGGAUGAAGAGGAGGAGGAGGAUGACUACGAUUCAAAGGAACCCCCACAUGAAUUUAUUGCCAGGAGGCUUGCAAGAAGUCAGAUUUCUUCUUUUUCAGUUUGUGAAGGUGCUGGGAGGACCCUAAAAGGGAGGGACCUCAGCAAAGUGAGGAAUGCUGUUUUGAUAAAAACUGGUUUCCUUGAAUCAUUGUAACCGAUUGUAGGUCUCAAUUAACUCCCAUGGAAUCAUGGAAGUGUUGUUAUUGUCAUGUUAUUUCUGUGUGAUGGUUGCUUAGUCAGAGAUUGUCUUGUAGUUAAUGUCCAAGGUGUAAGAAAUCAAAAUUUAGUGUAUAGAAUUUCCAUGAAGUUCAUCUCUUGGUCCCAUCA